AUGACAUCUUUAUCAAAUCAAUUGGAAGUACUCCGUACAGCCACCGCAAGACACUUGACAGUCGAGAAGCGGCACAUUUCCCUGCUGUUCGACAAAAAAGACGCCGGUCAAUUGAAUGAUCAGACCAUUUGGAGGAUAGGUAAGGUUAUAAAGAACGAUUUUACGAAGUAAAUAGUUUUCAGGAGUCGCCGGACUCGAGCAAAUGAAGCGAAUCGACGGGGUUUUCGAUGGUGAUAAAACUCACGCCUAUCUCUUUGACGAGAAGAGAAUCGGAUUUGUGCGAAGUUUGCUCACACAGGAAGAGAAUGAGAGGCUCGAUGCGAAAAUCGAGAAGAUUUUGUUCCAAUUGUCGCCUUAUUUGCAACAUUUUGCCUGUCAGCAGGUCUUGGAGUACCUCGUCCACACCUAUCAUGUUGGUUUUCGAUGAAAAAUUUGUCGAAAAAUUUAAUUUUGGGAAAUUUUAAAGUAUUAUAUAGUAAUUUUGGAGUUCUAUGUUGUAUAUGCGUUAAAAAGAAACGUAAGGAAGGUCGUUGGGUUAAAAAUCUUCAAGCCUUAAGUUGCGUUGGAAAUUAACUUGUCUUAAAAAAUAUAUAUUUCAGUUCAUUGUUCAUGAAAAAAAAACCAAUUUUUCGUUCAGAUCUACGCCUACAACGCCGAGACAUUAAUCGUUACAUUUCUCCCAUUCCAUGACACGAAAAUCUACGCAAGAAUCUUGAGAAUCUUGGAUUUCGACUGGAAUCGGUCCAAGGAGUGGGCUUUCAUGAAGGAGCUUCAGAUGACGGAAAAUCCGAUUCCAUUCUCCUCGGUUUGAAAUUAUCGUUUUUGUGUGGAAAUAAAUUUGUUUUUGUUUCAGAUCGUCAAGGCGACCAUGGCCGGGGCUCAUUCAAUCAUCACACGUCUUUCGGAUCAUAUCAGUAAAGGCGUUGAGGUGCCCCUUAAGCGGAUUUUUUUUUUCUAAAAUCUGGGAAUAUCUCAAGUGUUUUUAGGAACUUUGAGAGGUCCUCAAAUUUGUCAAAUAAUGGGGCAAAGGUCUAAAAAUCUUCAUUUUAUCCCUUUUUCAACGUGUUUCCUGUCGAUUGUCUUCUUUUCUUUUGAAUUUUAUCUUUCUGAAAAGAAACUUUCUAAUAAAUAGAAGUAAGAAAGCGCUAGGAAGGUCUUUCAAAGGUAUUUUUAAGGUCCCUUGAAAAUAGGGAUACAACGAAAAUGAAUCAAACCUGACGAUCUAAAAAGAACUUCUAAAAAAACUUUUUUUAAAGAUUCGAUUUUUUUAUAAUUUCCUUUUGAAUAGGUUUUUUUAAAAAAAUCUUAUUAGAAGCUUUUCAGGGUUUCAAAGUCAGAAAUAUAUCAAAGCUGAGGAUCCAAAUAAAAUUUCGGAAAAGGAACCUUUUUUUCAAUUUUUUUAUAAAUUUCUGCUGGACUGGUUAUUUUUUUAACCAUAUUAAAAGUCCUAACAAGGUCAAUUUAUUAAAAAAACUUUUUUUCAGGCUCUCUGAAAGUUUUUUUCACUUAAAUAAUAAUUUUUUUCCAAUAUAUUUCAAAUAUUAAGUUUAUAUAAUACAGUUUCGUCAGAAAAAAAUACGAAAAAAACGGUUUUUUUCAUCAUAACUUCCUUGUAUGGAGUUUAAUCAUUCUGAAACCUUUUGGAGGUGUCACGAUCGUUAGUUUAAUUAUUCUGGGGAAAUUUCAAUUUGCUGAAAAAAAACACAGCUUCAUAGAUUUUUCUGAAAAAAAUGAGGCCUUUUUGACUUCGCGACCGGGAAUUCCCUCAAAUUGACGAGAAAUCACCUUAAUAAUAAUAUUUUUUUGUACACGAAGUUACAACAAUUGAUAAAAAAAAGUCCGUUUGUAGCCUAAUGAGUACAGUUUGACCCAAUAAAAUAUACCUUAAUAUACCAAUAAUAGUCUCUUGAAGUUUCAACCUGUAAAUAUUCCUAUUUUUCAAAAAGUAAAGGCUCAAAGCAUGAAAGUAGCCUAUUUUAAAGGAUUUUAGGGGAUUUCUUUGACUUCGAGGUGUUCUUUUUCGAAAACUAGGAGAUUGGACAGGUUGGGACUUUCAUAAUAUUCAACCAGUACAUCAAAAAGUGGUGGUAUGAAAAAAAGACUAGCGAAUAUUCAAACGGCGACUUUUCCGAUUUUUUCUUAUCGCUAGGGAACUUUCCGACUUUUUUUCCCCUAUAUUUUUCGGUUUAUAAAACAUCUAUAAACUUUUCCUAUUUCUUUGUGUUUUAAUCAUGAACCAACUACCUACUUUAUAUAGGAAGAUUUAAAACGCAGAUUUUAUCGAGAAAAAAAGUCGGAAAGUUCCCUAGCGAUAUGAAAAAAUCGGAAAAGUCGCCGUUGGAAUUUUCGCUGGUCUUUUUUUCAUACCACCCAAAAAGUAUUCUGACCAAUUUUCAGGAAAACAAAGUAAAAUGAGCCGAAAGGUCCCCUUUAUUUUUUCAAGAAUUCAUUUUUAUCAAAUUAAGCUCGUCGGCUCGGAUUUUCUCGAAUCGAAAGCGCCCGUUCUCUUCAAUUUCUACGCAAAACUGCUGGUUUCGCUGUUCAACGACCCUCUGCAAGUGGACGAGGGCCUUUUGAGCAAACUAAUGCCCUUCGUCGAGCAUGGAAUCAAGUAGAAUAUUUUAUUCAUUUUUUAAAAAAUUAGGUAAUUAUUUUCCAGAAGCCCCAUGAUUUCUUUCCGUUAUACGGCUUUCAUGGUCGUUUGCCAGCUGGUUUUGACGGUGAAAAUCAAGCCGGAAAUCGUGCAAGCCCUCACGAAACUCAUCAUAAUGGUAGCUUUUCAUUGGAAUUUUUUGACAAAGAAAAAUUCUGGCGAAAAAAAUUACAAAAUUUGGGGUCCCCACCGCCCAGAAAGCCCAAAAAGGAUAUAAUCAACCAUUUUCGAGAAAAAAAGAAUUUUUUUCAGCUUUUUUUCACUAAAAAAAGUUUCAAAAAAAGUUGGAAUUUUUUUCAAAAAAAUACCUACAGUAACCCAGCGAGGGGGCGGAGCCUCACAGUAACUAUCCUAAAAGCUUACACACUCAUAGGCAACGUCGGAGCGUCCGUUAUGGAUCAAAAGGUCCCCAUUUAUUGCUCCUAAAUGGUUUCCUUUUUACUGCCUUUUUCCGUCCUUUCAUCGGCCUUUAUUGACCCUUUUUGGACCCUUUGAGAAGCACAAAAUUUUUCAAAUUGAAGAUGAUCUUUACCGUGACUGUGUAUGAACUAAAAUGUGCUACAGUAAUAAAAUCAGAAUUCAUCGAUGGCCGAGACUUUCAGCACCCUUUUUGAACCCUUUUUCCACCCUUUAUUGAGUCUUUUUAGCCCACCAAGAAGAAAAGGCUCAAAAAAGGCCGCAAAACAGAACCCUUUUAGCGGCCUUUUUGCACCUGUUUUCCGCACUUGCGACUUUGGCAGUGCUGUCCAAAAGUUAUGAAUUUGAAAAAACAUAACACACAUCUAUCAACGUUUUUUUUUAAAAUUUAGUUCCUUAAUGUUUCCACCGUGAAACGUACGUCAACCGGCUUUUUUCAAGAGAGCAAUUUUGAAAUUUUAUUAAAUUUGGCCGAGAGGAUCUUUGAGACCCUGAUUCCGAAGGAGUUGAAAAACUGUGCUUUUUAUUUUAGAAUGCCAGAAAAAUGGCUUUAUUUUUGUCCGCAAUGUUCCCCUUAUCUCUAAAAUUUGGUCUGCUUAAAAUUUAUCGUUUAAGCUCCGCCCCUUUUAGCGCCAAGAGAGCGAAUUUGCCGAAAGGCUCUUUGGGACACUGAUUCUAAAGGGGUUGAAAAACUGAAAUUCCUACCGUAACCCAGUAAGGGGCGGAUCCUUACAGUAACUAGCCUUAAAGCGUGUCAAGUAACUGUGACAGUAAUUCCGCGAAAUGUAAAGUUAUCUCUGAUUCUCCAAAACUUAGUUAUCUUUUUCUUUCUUUGACAUUGCCAAAGUCGGAAGCGCGGAAAAAGGGUGAAAAAUGGCCGCUAAAAGGGUUCCGUUUUGCGACCUUUAUUGAGCCUUUUUUUCUUGGUGUGCCUCGAACAUAUGUGGCUAACAGGGUGUUUUUCACUUUCGUCCCCCCUAUUCAUUCAGGUGGCUUUCUAAGCCGCGGAAAAGGCAUUUAUAUUAUUUAUCGAGCUUUUUAAAGUACAUUUAGUAGGAAAUUCAUUGCCUAUCUUUUUGUCUAGAAGAUAAAAUCGCGUUGAAUCGUAGAAAUAGCCUUAUAAAAAAUUCCAGAAAUGAUUAAUCGACCUGAAUUCUGGUUUGAAUGCUACCAAUGAAUGAAUUAUACAUGCUCAUCAAAAUUUAAGCUGUUUGAAAAAUUAAAAAAAUAAUUAUCAAUUUCUGACCCCAUUGGAAAAUUAUUUCUGGAGACGUGCACUUUUUUGGCUCAAAAUCAUUAUUAACCUUGAGAAAAUUCUAAAUAAGUUAUAUGCUCCGAAUUUCCAAGCUUUUAGACGUUUUUUGACAAAGUUACAGUGUUUCAAAAUGUUAUCACUUGACGGUAGCUGUGCAAAAAGGGUGCUGAAAAUCUCGGCCAUUGAUUUCCGAUUUUAUUACUGUAGCACAUUUUGGUUCAUACACAGUCAUUGAAAAGAAUAUUUUAUUUCUAUUUCUCAAAAGGGUCCAAAAAGGGUGGAUUAAGGGCGAUGAAAGGUCGGAAAAAGGCAGUAAAAAGGAAACUGUUGCCAUCCGUUUAGGAACACUCAUUAGAAACUUUUAAACCAUAAUGGUUGCUCAAAGGGCCCCUAAAGGGUCCUUCCGGCUUUGCUUUCUGGAAAAUUUGUAUAUCGCGAAAUCUCUUUGAACACUGCAUAAACUUAAAAAAACGUAUUUUUCAAGAAAAUCCGCGCCGAAACGGUCACCAGCUCAUUAUCAACACUGGCCGUCAUUUGUCAGCAGCAAAUCGUCGAUUCAUUCUCCAACAAGUGGAUAAUUCCUUCAAAAAAAAAAGAAAUGAAAGAUGGAAAAUUCCAGAGCCGUCCAAAAAUUGCUCAGGAACGGUGAGACUUUCGGUGUUUGGACGGCCGUAAGAGACUUGGGCGCAAGAACGGAUUUGACCAAUUUUCUGAAGCCUCUUUGGAGGAAUUUGUUCGAGGCGGCGAGGGGAAUCGGUGGGUUUUUUUCUGGUGUAGGAAAGAAAAAAAAGUAGGAAAAAUUAGCUGAAUUUUUAAAAAGAGGUUGUGAAAAAAAUUGUGAAUUUUAGGAUUUUUAGGAUUUUUUUAGGAUUUUUUUAGGUUUUUUUAAAGAUUUUUAGGAUUUUUAAAGAUUUUAGAAUUUUAGGAUUUUAAAGAUUUCAGGAUUUCAAAGACUUUAGGAUUUUAGAAUUUUAAAGCUUUUGAGGAUUUUUUUAAGACUUUAGGAUUUUUUUAAGGUUUUAGGAUUUUUUUAAGAUUUUUAAAGCUUUCCUGCCGCUCUGGGGAUUGCAAAAUGAUAAUAGGGUAUGAAGCAAAAAAGUAGGAAAAAUUAGCUGAUUUUUUUGAAAGAGGUUGUGAAAAAAAUUGUGAAUUUUAGGUCUUUAAAGAUUUUUAGGAUUUAAAAAGAUUUUUAGGAUUUUUAAAGAUUGAUUUAAAAAGAUUUUUAGGAUUUUUUUAGGAUUUUUGGAAUUUUAGGAUUUUUUUGGAUUUUUUUAGGAUUUCAAAGCUUUCCUACAGCUCUGGUGAUUACAAAAUAAUGAUAUGUUGCUUGUAAUUUAAAUUUCAGAGUUAUUUUAAUUUUUUUAAAGAGUUUUCUGAGCUUACAUGUUAGAAACAGCGAAAAUCUUCAAGGAAUACAUAAAUUUGGAAUAAAAAAAUAUUUUUAAUUUUUUUAACUGAUUUUUUGAGUUUCUUUACUGUAUUCACAUCUUGAUUACCUUUCAAAAAAAUGAGAUUUUUCUGUAUUUUUCAAAAUGAGAUUUUUUUGGAUAGCUUCGGAGGGUUUUCUGAGCUUAGAAACAGCAAAAAUUUUCAAAGAACGGAUAAAUUUGGAAAAAAGAGAUUUUUAUACAAAUUUUGAGUUUUUAACUGUUAUUUUUAGUACCUUUACUGAUUCACAUCUUGAUUACCUUUACAAAAAUGAGAUUUUCUGUAUUUUUUUUUCAAAAUGAGAUUUUUUGGAUAGCUUCGGAGGGUUUUCUGAGCUUAGAAACAGCGAAAAUUUUCAAAGAACGGAUAAAUUUGGAAAAAGAGAUUUUUAGUUUUUUUAGCUGGUUUUUUUGAGUACCUUUACUGUAUUCAAAUCUUGAUUACCUUCACAAAAAUGAGAUUUUGUUCAAUUUUUUUUCUAAAAUAAAAAUUUUUUCAAAGGUUUGAAGGGUUUAUUCAAGUUUUCGAAGUACCUUAUUAUUUUUAAGGCGUUUUUCAACGAUUUUCUCGCCUUGAAUAGUUGAUUUUUCAUCACAAAAGAUAAAAAAUCCCCCCAGAAAACUGUAAAAUUCGACACUUUUCCAGAUUCCGAAGGCGAAGACAGUUCAUUGGCACUUGCUGGGCUUCUGGAAACUACGGACUCCAAUAUUCUGACGGCUAAACAGGCUCAAAUCUUCCUGGAACUUGUUCGUGAUAUAAAAAUAUAGUUACAUUCAUAAUUUUGUAGUGAUCCUACUUGAUUUCUUGAAAAAUACGUCAAGUUUUUGAUUUUUCCUGGUCUAAUUCAACAAGUGAGAGUUUAAAAUCGGGAGAUUCCUGGAAAUUGGUCAGAAUAGUUCCUAUAGAAGCAAAGGAAUCAUUAGAAAACUGAGGGUUUUUGCUUUCAGAACCUAAAAUCUUCCUACAAGAAAGGUCAUUUUGCUUUUCGGAUGGGAUUUUCCUGAAAAUUGGCCAGAAUAUUUUUCGAAGUACCAGAAGACGAUUCUGAAAGUCUCAACCUGCAAAAGCUACUAGUUUUUGAAGGCUUCAAGUCCCAAAAUAACCCAUUUUUACGGAUUUUGAUUGGUUCCUUUCUUGAAAAAAUGGGAAUUUCUGGCUUUUGGGCCUCCUGGAAUCUAUUUUUAGUACACUUAGAAGAGCUCUGGCCGAUUUUUAUGAAGUUUCCAGCCAAAAAAGUAAAAUGACAUUCCUUGGAGGUUAGCAAAAACAUUAAAUUCAGUUGAAAAAUCUUUUUCUGGGAUGGCUAAAAAAAGCAUUGGAAAAAAAAUUUUUUUCGAAGGUUUUUUUAUGCAAAGAAAAUUUAUAUUUUUAACAUUUUUUUGAUCAAAAAAAGAUCUAAAAAAAUUGAGAAAUUUCACACUCAGGAACCUUAGAGUGACCCCUAGAGUAGCUAGAGGAAAAACAGCUACAAUAGGGGACAAAUAAGUGCUCCCUAUAGGGGUGAAACUUAGGGGAGCUAGGGAGACUUCAAGGACUUCUAAGAUUGACCCUGUAGGGACCACUCUGAAGUUUCUAAAUUGAACAUCGACCAGCAUGUCCCCUAAAGGGGUCACUAACGAGAACCUCUAUAGGGACCACUCUGAAGUUCAUAGGUAAACAAUAAUAGACCAGCAUGUCCCCUACAGGGGUCACUAACGCAAACCCCUCUAGGGACCACUCUGAAGUUUCUAAAUUGAACAUUGAUAGACCAGCAUGUCCCCUACAGGGGUCACUAAGGCAAACCCCUAUAGGGGCCACUUUCGAAAGCUCCAGGGACAACUCUAGAACUUUCAGUUGAUCGGCGAAGCUUCAUCCGGCUUUUUCAUCGAGAAAAAGAAGCAUUUGGCGAAUAUUCGUGGCAUUUGUGCCAGGUUUUUUGUGUAUAUUCUGAAAAAUAUGUUAUUUUUGAUUUUUAUAGAUUUUCUGAUGAGCUGGAUGCUCUUCAUAAGGAAUGGACCUCCAGGGACCCGAAAAUUUUGGAAGAGUUUUUGGAGAAAUAUCAGUUGAAGGAGCUGGUUGUGGUGAGUUUUGGGGUUAUUUUUGAGUAGUAAAAAUUUUUUUUUGGUAGUUUUUAUAAAGAAAAAUAAUGAAAAUAGGUUCCAUAGGAAGGAAUACUGGAAAAACGCUUUGAAAGAUUGGAAAAAAAUACCGUGUUUAUGAUUUUUUUCAAUGAACUAUCAAUUUUGAGAGGAGAAGAGCAAGAAAAAAACAGGUACCGCGAUUUUUUUGGGAAACUGUAAAGUGAUUUAAAAAGACCGAAAACAUAUUUUUUUAAAGAAGUUUUAAAAAUUUUUAGGGUCAACACGCUAUUGGAAAAAAAUUUCUGUUCGAUUGACAGUUUUGAAAUUUUUUUAUACAGAUUUCAUCAAUAAUAUGGCUUCUUUAUCACCUUUAAAGUAUUAGAAAAAAAUGAAAAAAAUAAGAAAAUUCAAGAUUCGAGUGAAAGAAGACGCGAAGAAGAAAAAGAACGAGGAGAAGGUCGACGUCGAUGAGAAAAAGUGUCGGGAACGAUUUGGAGCCGAAUGACGAGAGUAAAAAGGUAAACAGGAUUUCUAGGAGCUUUUGAAAAAUCCCUAUAGGGGGUACUUCAAGUGUCUCCCUUUAGGGGGUCCUUCAAGUUUUUCUCUUUAGGGGUCCUUCAAGUUUCUCCCUUUAGCGGGGCCCUUCAAGUUUUUCCCUUUAGGGACUCCUCAGUUUCUCCCUUUUCAAAUUUCUCCCCUUAGGGGUCCUUCAAGUUUAUCUCUUUAGGGACUACUUCAAGUUUCUCUCUUUAGGGGCUCCUUCAAGUUUCUCUGUUUAGGGGGUCUUUCAAGUUUCUCAUUUUUGCGGUCCUGAAAGUUUAUCCCUUUAGGGGGUCUUUCUAGUUUCUCCCUUUAGGGGCUCCUUCAAGUUUCUCCCUUUUCAAUGUCUUAAAAAACUCCCUAUAGGGCGCACUAUAUCUCAAUCUCCCUUUAGGGCCCACUUCAGCUUUUCCCAGUGAUCAAUCAUUUUUUAUUUUUUCCCAUGGUAUCAACUUUAUUCCGUGAAGUUUCCCCUCAAGGGGACUUUGGAAUUUUCGAAAAUUUGGUCGCAAUCUUAAAACUAAGACCUUCGAGAAGACAUCAAUAAAUAUACUAAUAAUUCAAAAUUCAGAAGAAGACGGCCGUGGAAAAGGCUGAAGAAAUGGCGGCGGCUUCGGAAUUCGCCAAGAGGAAAGUCUUCGGCGGAGAUCCCCUGAACAAGGCUCGAACUUGGAUCGAAGACGGCGAAUGGGCUAAUGUAAUUUUCAAGGAAAUCUUAUCUCCGUGGUGUCUCAACGGGUCUACCCGUAUUAGACCCGCUUUUGUUUGAGGCUAGGUUGUGCAAAAAACGGGAGGAAAACGGGUGUAAGAAGAAAUAGGGACUCAGCUGUAUUAAAAUGAGAUGAAAAAUGCCGAAAGUUCUACCAGAUUCGCUUAAAAGGCCUUUCAACGGGUACGCCCGCUAAGACCCUUUGUAAAAAAGGAGGAAAACUGGUGCAAGAGCCGUGAUUUUUUCGAAAAUUUGGGACCUACCUGUACUAAAUGAUGACCAGGUGCCUCAAAAGGUGUACCCGUGUUUUUCGUGACUAAGUUGUAUCAAAACGGGAUGAGUAAUGCCAAAAGUUCAAACAGCUUAACUUGAACGGGUUCAACCCGUCAAGACCCUGCACGGCUCUACUACCUCUCAUGCUGGCCAGGUGUUUCAACGGGUCUGCCCGAACUAAACCCGCUUUUUUUUUGAGGCUAUGCUGUACUGAAACGGGAGAAAAACGGGUGCAAGAAGAAAUAGGUCCCCCGCUGUGAUUAUUUCUGAAAUUCGGGACCCUAUUUAACAAAAAAAAAAGUGCUUCAGUUGUGUUAAAAAUGCCAUAAGUUUCACCAAAGUAUAAACGGGCUUAACACGGGUACACCCGCUGAGCUGACACCCCGUGUUAGCACGGCUGUGCUACCUCUCAUGCUCGCCAGUUGUAUCAAAAGGUGUACCCGUAUCAAGCCCACUUUUUUCAAGGCGAAAUUGGCUGUGGUUAUACCGUAAGUUUGAGGCCUAAAUGUACGAAAUCGGGGUAAAGAAUGCAAAAAGUUUUAUCAGCUGUACUUAAACGGGCUUGACACGGGUAUACCCGCUCAGAUCCUCUGCUAACAUGGCUUUGUCACGUCUCCUGCUAACCAGAUAUUUCAACGGGUGUACCCGUACGAAAGUCGCUUUUUUUAAAAAUUUAUGUUGUACUAAAACGGGAGAAAAACGGGUGCAAGAAGAACUAGGUUACCCGGCUCUCAUUUUUCCGAAAACCUGAAACCCUAAAUAAAAGAAAAAACUGGUGCGAGAAGAAAUGGGCGGCUCACAGCCGUGAUUAUUUCAAAAAUUGAGACCUAACUGUAAAACUGCCAAAAGUUCUACUAGUUGUACUUAAAAGGGCUUAACACGGGUACACCCGUCCAUACCCUGCCUGGCUGGCCGACGUCUCAUUUGCACUAGAGUGAAAAUUGAUUCCAGGUGACCUGGGCACUUGAGGAAAUGGCGACCAGAAAAUCGUAUCUGAGCGGAAAAGCUGAAGACGACGUGGAAGAGUUCGCCGUUGAGCUUAUCGUCGGAGCUUUGGAGAAGAAAAAGGGGCUGGAUUUGGCGGCUGUGAAGGCUGCUCUGGCCUCGGUUUGUGUUGAUUUUUGAACUAGGAGAGUUUGAUGAGAAGAAAAAUAGGUUUUGAAGUUUUUAUUGAGCUUGAGAGCUUUUGCACUUUGAAAGUUAGAUAAUUUAUUAUUUUUUGCGUAGAUUUGGAAUUUUUUUUGUCGUUUGGACUGUAGGGAAGUUGCAGAAAAAGCAAAAAAUGAGCGAGCAGGUCUCUCCGAGAUUUCAAAUUGGUUUUAGAGCUAUUUUCACGGCUCAAAUAUUUCCAGACCUCGUUGAGCCCGAAGUUCAUCGCCGACCUCCUCUCAAAACACGACUCGACCUCGGAAAAGACCCCAAAAAGGCCGAAAGGACCUCGUGGCGUGGCCAACGUCAGCCCCGUCGUCAAGGUGUUCAACGACGAGUCCCUCCAACAGUUCAACAAACGCGUCUUGUUCGUCUUGGAGCUGCUCCAGAUGCGCGACGUCGUUCCGGCUUCGGCCAACGUCUUCCAAGCGCUUUUCGACAUCGUUAAACAGUGCGUUUUUUUGGGAGAGUAAAUGGGGAUUUGGCCUUGAAAUUUUUCUUUGGGGGCAUACUUCGGCCGGAUUCCACCCCGGGGUGCGGCCCACCCCCUCAAACUGCGGCUUACCCCCCGGGCAUACGUCGGCUGGAUCCCACCCCGGGGUGCGGCCUACCCCUUACCCCUCUCCCCCGAAAAGUAGGGACUACUUUUAAAAAAAGGCUGGGGUGGGUUCCAGCCGACGUAUGGGGGAGUUCAGAUUUUAAUGGUGAAAAAAAUAUAUUAGGUUAACCUUGCACAAUUGGAAUUAUCAAAAAAAGGGAUAUUGGUUUUCCGGUGGAUUUUUUUGAUGAUUAUUUAUAAUUUUUGUAAGGUUUUUAACUUUGAAAGUUCGAUUAAACUUUUUUAUUUUUUUGGUUUUUUUCCAUAUUUUUAGAGUUUUUUUAUGAGUCAUUCUAUAACGUUCAGGGUAUCAUUGAGUAUGAAAAAAUCAUCAUGGCUUUUAUAAUUUUUUUUUUCCUUCUCUUGCCUCAAAAGUUCAUAGAAUCCAAUAAUUUCUAACAAGAAUAGCGACAUUUUUUUCUUUUAUGAUUCAAUUUUUACUCUUAUUAAGAGUUUUGAAGACGUUUUUUGAGUUUUUCAUGCACUAAAAGUUCAUAUUUUGUUCUUCUUAUAACACAGGAAUGGCUACUGUUUUUUUUUUCUUUAGAAGAAUUAUUUUUUGAAGAAUCAACGCCUCGAACGAAGCCGAACAGUCCUCGUAUCAGCAACAGUUGGCCGUGGCGAUCGUCACGAAGUUGUUGAAUAAUCCCGGUAUCUGAAAUAUCCCUUGGAAAAAAUCAUCCUUUUUUUGUAGGAAAAUACAAAGUGACGACGUCGGAUCUGGACAUGGACUGUGUGGUGGAGACGAUGAGAUCCACUCAUAGUCAUCAUUUGUUGAGGGACUCUUUGAGGCUGCUCACAUCGGCUGUCAAGCAUUCGCCGGUGGGUUUUAUGGAAGAAGCUUAGGAACUCCAGAGGGGUCCCUAUAGAGGCAACCUUAGGGGCCCCUCUAGGGACCAAUGAAGCUGUCAAAAGUGGUCCCUAUAGGGAACAGGCUAGUUGAUAAUUGCUAUGAACUCUAAGCGGAGAAGCAUUUUCAUGAGAAAAACUGAGAAAAACCCGUUUUUUGAAUGAAAUUCAAAGUUUACUAAAGGGUCCACUUGAGCUUCAGGGGCUUAGAGGUCAGACUUUAAACCCCUGUAGGAACCACCUUAAUUUUACCCCUCUAGGGACCACUCUUCCGGCCCCUAAGGGGACUUAAUUUUUGCCCAACUCCGGGUCAGAGUUUUCUCAUUAGGGUGAACUAUAUCCCAUUACUGGAUUUUUUUAUUUAUUUCUUAGGGGUUUGGAUCAUGAAGCCUUGGUUUCUCUCACUACCUAAAAAGUUUCUUAAACUUCUUGGUUGGGUCGAAUUUGUGGCCCUGAAGUGUUUUUGCGAAGUUUAAGGUAGCUGGUUGGUUUUCUAUGAAUCAAAAAAAAAAAAAGAUAUUCUAAGCUUUUUGGGAUCCCUCUCGAUACAAGGAAAGUCAUUUCACUUUUGAAUUUCUUGAAAAAUUGCCAAAAUUUUCUUGAUUUGUGAUCCUGAAAGGCUCAAGUUCUUCAUUUUGAGGAAAGACACCUUAAAGUGGAAGUAAACCCUCGAAAUCCGUUAAAAUGAGCUUUUUCGCGAAAACUAGGAAGCUCUGCAAAUUAGGACUUUCUGAAUCUUCUUCUGGUACAUCAAGGCAUGAACAAAUUCGGAAAAAGGCUCCAUAAAAAUGUCCCUUUUAGGGUGACAAAGGUUCCUUUUUUGCUGCCUCUUUGCCCCAUUUCAUCGGCUUCUAUGCACCAAUUUUGCUGCCUCUCCCUUUUUCCACCAUUUCGUGAGCCUUUAAUCCCAGAAAACAUGGAAGGCUUGAUUUCCACCAUUUCGUGAGCCUUUAAUCCCAGAAAACAUGGAAGGCUUGAUAGAUGGACUCUUUUUGCUUCCUUUCUGCAACCUUUUUUAGACCUAUCUCUUUAGCGACCAUUAUCCACCAUUCCGACUUUGCCCGAGCGAGUGUUUUUAGAAUUUUAAGACUUCAGAUCAAAAAAGGAGUCAAGAAAUGAACGAAAAGAUAAUUUUAUCAUUCCUUGGAUUCAGGCCGACGUCGUCAAGCACAUCAUGUCGGUGUUCACCUUCAUGGGAAACGGACUGUUGAGAAAAGACAACGAGAUGACGCUGGGAAUCGUGGAGCGGACUGUCGAGUCGCUCUUCCAGGCCAUCAUCCUCACGGAGGCCGGCGACAAGGAGAAGCUCAUCGAGGUGUCCCGACUCUUCGCGGCUUCCGCCUGCGACAUUCCCGCCCACAGAAGGCCGAGAAUCGCCCGCGCCAUCGCCAGAGCGGUUGGAGCAGAGAAUGCGGCCUUGGUCACGAUGGUCUUGUUGGCUGGGUGAGCUUUUGAGGGCUUGGAAUCGGAAAAAUGGAUGGGAAAGUUGAAAAAGCUCAAGUUUCUUGAAAUAUUCAGCUUGAACUUAUUGGAGUGGUGUUUUUCAAGAAUGACUCAAAUGUUAUAUAUUUGACGAUAGAGCACAAGAUUUACCCUAGGACGAGCUCAGUGAAGCUGAAAACUGAGAAAACAUGAGAAAUUGGUUAGAAAUCUAGGAAGAAGUUGAGAAAACAGGGGCAGGAAAGCUCGUAAAAUUUAAAAAAUCGUUUUUUUCCAUAAAGUGGUCUUAGGAACUUCAGACGGGUCUAUAUACCUUUAGCGACCACUUUACCUCCCCCUCUAGGGACCACUAAGGCUUGCAAAAGUGACCCUAUCGGAGGUUUCAGUUAGUGGCACCUAUAGGGGACAUGCUAGUCGAUUAUUGUCGUGAACUUUAGGAGAAAAAUGCGAAAAAAUCAACAAACCAGCGUUUUUUUAAUGAAAAAGAUCAACAUAGGAUAAAAGGAUCAAGUUUGUAUUUUUAAUUUUCAAAAAAUCAAAAGACCCCUAUAAGGACCACUUAAGCUUUGGGAUCUUGGGGGUCAUAUCUUGAACCCCUAUAGGGAUCACUUCAAUAUUAACCCUGUAGGGGCAUAUGUUUCAUAGCAUAUAGGAGCUAUUUUUCCCUUAACCCCUAGAGUGGCCACUCUGGCCUUUGCUAGGUAGCGGCGUUUGAAAGACAUUUCAUAUGGUUCGAAGGUUGCAAAAGAAGUGGUCUUCAAGAAUUUAAAAAGGUAUAAUUUUUCACCACGAAGUUCUUGCAGCUUCUGCGCCCGAUGGCAAAGGACCACCGAAUCGGUCGCCCAGCAGACGGCUCGGAAAGGGACCGACCAAGAGGCCUAUGACGAUUUUGCGGUGGAAAUGCUCGGCGCCUUGGAUCCCUUCGAACAGGUCCUUUUUCCAGAGUUUUCCGAAGAAAAGUCGGAUUUUUAGCUGUCCUGCGUCUUGGAAUUGAUCGAAUACGUGCUGAGAUUGGGCGGAGACACUUUAGAGGGAAAUGAAAAGCAACUGCCUCUCGAUUUGGCUGUUUUUGAUCGGUGAGGCUGAAAAGAGCAGGGAGAAAGUAUAAAUUUCGAAAAGUUGCUCAAAAAAGAGCACUUUUAUUUUUUUUAGGAUGAAGAUUUUGAGCUUCUUUUAUUUUUAGUCGAGUUAUGGGGUCCCAAAGUUUGUUAAAAUAGGGAAAAUAAGAACUUUUGGCUUUUUUGAAGCAUCAGAACUCGCUAUUAAAAAAUCUAGAACUCAUCAACAAUUUUCCGAGUUUUAUUAAGUAUAGUCGAUUCACGACUAGCUAAAGAUGAAAGGGGCGUGGCCUGUCUGCGCUCUCCAUCAACCAGGAACUAUCUCGUUUCAUAUCGUUCCAGGACCCUUUUUUUAAAGGCUCAAGCCAGCCGUGAAUCAGCUAUAUGCUUGAGGAAGGUUUUAUCAAAAUUUCAACCAAAAAAAUAUCCUUGUCAGUUCAUCAAGUUCCGGAAACUUGUACCUUUAAACUGCUGAAAAACUGAAGAAGAAGGAUUUUUUUUCAGAUCAACCUUGACCUUGCCACGGCUGCGCCAUUUCCGAUACGUUAUCGUGUCCCUGAUUGCCAGGAUUUUCUCCAACAGGACGCUUAUUGAAAAAGUUUCUUUUCAUUUGAAGAAAAUUACUGGGAAGUACUCAAGGGGUCACUUGAGAGGUCCCUCAAGGACUUCUUGGAGAGGGAAUUCUAUAGAAGCUUUUAAAAUUUCUCCUGGCGUCUAUUCAUACCACUUAGAAUUCUAAAGAGUUCACCAAGUUUUAGCCACUUGAGUGGCCAUUUAUUCGACUACUAUAAUGGGCACUAGAACUUCGUAACCCUGAAGUGACCACUUUCGACUAUUGUAGUGGCCACUAGAACGACAAUACCCUAACGUCACCACUUCUGAAGAAUAUAGUUUAUUUUAAUAAUUUCAAAAAUUGAAAAUCGAGAAAAAUGGACUUUUUGUUCAAAAAAAGAAAGUUAUAGGGCCAACUUUGUGAUUUCGAAGAGGAAUUUCGUUUCUUUUUUUCAAGUCGGGUUCAUUGAUUUGAUAUUGAAAAAUAACCAAAAAAAGUGUAUUUUUUUCACUAGUUAAAAAAAUAAGAGGUAUGUUCAAUAAGUAACUGAUAUUUUGGGUAAGAAAUUGGAUUUAUAAUUAUUUUUAUAGAAGCGGGAGAAAAAACUAUGUUUCAGUGGGUCACUGUCUCUUUAAUUUACUAUUCUGAAAAAUUAAAAUCAAAAAAUGAAACAAAAAAAAAACUUUAUUCCCGUCCAGCUUGCCGCCUACGACGACGAAGAGCUUCUGGAGCGAGCCCUGCCGAUGAGCCGACGUCUGAUGGAGUGCUCCGUGGAGUUGGACGACUUCGCGGCCGCCGAGGCCGAUUCGGCGAGCAAAAGUUGCUCCGACGCACAAACCCAACGUUAUUGGGUCGCCUUUUCUACUCGGGCUGAAGUCGUCUCGGAAAAAGUCGAAUUUUCAACAAUAUGCAAAAAAAAAUGUAGAUUUUCAGCUCCGUCACUUACUGCCUGGAGGCGUCGCGGCUCGUCUGAUCGCCGAUGUCCUGAAAACCUCCAAAACGUCCUACAAAAUGUGCGCCAAGGCCCUGCAGCUGGCCAACAUCAAGCUCAGCCACAACGGCUACUUCUACACGGACAGCGGGAUCAAUGAGCGGGAGCUCAUCGCCCUGGCGGAGGCUCUCAACGGAUUCAUCGCUCCUGAGACGAGCAGUUCGGAUAAGGUAAGUCCUGUAGGGGUUUUAAGGGCUUUUUUUCGGGAGUUUUUUUGGCUAAAAUUGAGGUUUUUAGGGCUACAAGGUUUUUCUCAGAUGUUAGCAAGUUCCAAUCGUUUAAAAAAAUCUCUUCAAAAAUCGCCCCCCGCCCACAAGGCAAAUUUGGUUGAUGUGAGGGGGGUAUUCAAAUAUAUCCAAGAUUCAAAUAAACCCCCCAAAGGCACAUUUCAAUUUAAGGGGGGUUCAGAUAGAUCCAAAAAUUCAAAUAUAAGCCCCCCCUUCUGCUAAGUGGGGGAUGAUUCUAGAAUGCCUAGACAAUCUGAAAGAAUUCCCCCGCCCCUUCCACUCGGUUACAGCCCCCGCCAAGGCACAUUUCAAUUUAUGGGGGAGGGCUAUAUCUUCUCCGAGAAUCCCCCCUUGUGUGGGUCCAGAUAUAUCAAAGGUUCAGAUAGAUUCAGCUUUUUUUUCAGAGUUAUUGUACCUUUAUGACUUUCUGACGAAGAUUCCAGGAAGGCAAGUCAGAAAAAAUUUCGUAUUAAGAAAGUUUUCGCUUUUCGCAAAUUUUCCUCCACGGUAAAAUUCGGCAUUUCCAUGCGCGCCGAAUAGCGGCCGCGGUAGGUCCCAAGUAGAGUUCUCAAAAGUAAAUGUUUGAACGAACGUUCAACCAAACAUUUUCUGAACGUUUGAUGAAUUCGACCAAUUAGUUAAAUUUCACAUGAACCGUUUGUUAAAAAUUUCAUUUUUGGUUAAAUUUCAUAACUGAGCAUUUGAAAAAAAUGAACAAUUACUUAUUUUUUUCGAAAAAAAUUUUUGGUUAAAAAAAUGAACAUUUAAAUUUCAUUUUUGAAAUUUUUUUGGUCAAAAAAAGUAAACAUUUAAAAAUUCAUUUCGGAAAUUUUUGGUCAAAAAAAUGAACAUUUAAAAUUCAUUUUAAAAAAAUUUUUGGUCAAAAAAAUGAACAUUUAAAAUUCAUUUUUAAAAAAAUUUUUGGUCAAAAAAAGUAAACAUUUAUUCAUUACUUUAUUCAUUACUAUUACGGUACUUGGCAGUAUCUGUGUCGGAGUCAAUUCUAUCUCAGUCUUCUCCAAAUGAAAUCUUGAAUCGAUUACUUCGAAAUUCAAACUAAUUUCUGGUUAAAAAAAUUAAUAAAUCUGUUGGAAAACAGUGAUCUGGAUGGUCAAGGGCAAAGCUAAAAAGCCGGUUAAGGCCGAGAAAAAAAUUAUAUGGAACCGGUCAAAAAAAUGAGCAGACCGGAAGAAAGGUGCUAUCUGGAGAAUUAAUUAAAUGAGGAAAAAAAGAAAAAGUAUUGAUUUGGAUUUUUGGUUCGGAAAAUCCAGGUUCGGAAAAAUUAUCGGCCAAAAAAAUAAACAUUUAAUUUUUCACAGUUGAAAAAAAAUUUUUUUACGAAAAAAAGUAAACAUUUAAAAAUUCGUUUCGAAAAUUUUUGGUCAAAAAGUGACCAUUUAAAGUUCAUUUCGGAAAUUUUUGGUCAAAAAAAUGAACAUUUAAAUUUCACUUUUUGAAAAUUUUUGGUCAGAAAAAGUAAACAUUUAAAGUUCACUUUGAAAAAUUUUUGGUCAAAAAAAGUGAACAUUUACUUUUUCACUUUGAAAAAAAUUUGGUCAUUAGGACGAACAUUUAUUUACUAGUCAGAAUAUGAUUGUUUAGAAAAAUGACCAUUUAUUUUUUUCAGUCAUUAUUUGAAAAAGUCACAAAAUGAAAAGAAUGAAAGUGAUCAAUUUUUGGUUGAUCUUUCAAAAAAACGACAUUCGUUUGAAAUGUCAAAAAGAAAAAUUUUUUUCGUUUUUUUGAAAAAAAUGUCAUUUUUUUCAAUUGGUCAUUUUGAGAACUCUAGUCCCAAGCGCUCAUUUUUACUGCGCAAAUUGCUAAACUUUUUCUUCGGGAAAAAAUAUUGAGUUCCUGAGUGCGAAGGAAGCAUAGGAGUUUUUGAUAAAAUUUUGAAUAUCAGACGGAAAAUGGAAGAAAUAAUGACUUUUUUCAGAUCAUGCUGUGCCAGAACUCGGCGUUCACCCUGAAGCUCAUCGCUAAACAUUUACCCCUUCAAUCCGAAUCAACAGUCCUCUCGGACACCAUGAAACGCUGUGUCCAAACCGUUUCUCAAUAUCAGAAACUCGAUGAUAAUCUCACUGGAAAUGUAUUGCUACUUGCUGGAGAACUGAUUCGGUUCGAAAAAAAUCCAAGAAAAGUUAAGAAAAAAUCGCUUUAGGUCUCAUAACAUGAGGUCGACGAUGCAGCACUCGGUGGCCCUUUUGAAAGUUUGUCUGGCGAUCUUGUCCGAGUGCAUUUCCAAGUUUGCCAAUGCGCAGAAGGUAGGUCAACAGAUGGGAUUUAAAGAAAAAUCCAAGAAAAAAUCAAAAAAAUAUCCUUCUUGGGUCUGUUCAUAUUUUAAAUGACGUCACUCAAGCUCCGCCCCUAAUUAGAGAGCGCGUUUUUGAAUGACGUCAUUGUGCUUGAUAUUCGAAGUCUGAACAGACUCAAGCUCCGCCCCUAAAGGCGCGAAUAACCAAUCAGAGAGCGAGUUUUUGAAUGACGUCAUUGGGCUUGAUAUUCGAAGUCUGAACAGGCUCAAGCUCCGCCCCUAAAGGCGCGAAUAACCAAUCAGAGAGCGCGUUUUUGAAUGACGUCAUUUUGCUUGAUAUUCGAAGUAUGAACAGACUAUAUCAUCAAAAUGUAGUUUUUGGAUUGAAAAAAGUUAGAAGUUAGAAAAAAUUGAAUGAAGUUUCACACAAAGAUCGGUUUCAAAAUAUUUUAAGUUUUGUUCGAAAUGUAAUAAAAAUAAAGUUGAAACUUUGGAAAAAAAAAACUCGGAACUGUUUGAAAAACUUUUUUGAGCGACUUGAAAGCUUCUGAAUGCCUGCGUCUCUCGGUUCCCUCUCCGGUGAAGUCAGAGAAACACGAAAAUAGCAAGUCAAUAUAAGAGUGUCGCCGAGAGACGAGGAGGGCGCAGAGAAGUCCUUCCUUUACAAGUACUAGGAAAAGAAAAAAAAAAUUCAAAAGAGAGACAGGCUAUAACUAUAUAUCCAAUAACUGCUUAUCUCAUUUAAAAAAUGAGCGUAAAGUUUAGAAAAUUGUGUAUGAAAGCGGUAUCAAACCAAUUUUUCCAGGCAGCGGCUCAAGAAGCGGCCCGAGCAGCCGAAGAGAACCGCUUGGCCAAAAAUCGUGGCCAAAGAAUCCGGCAGCAGUCUUUGGGUGGUCUCCGAUUGGGUUCCGAGACCUUACUUGUGAGAUUUUCCACUGGAAAAAUGAAAUAAUUGGAUCAUUUUGUUCAGAUUUGCGCCUUGACCUGUGUCCAGCGAAUCUUCGACCAGUACGCGUCAUUCGUCUGCGAACACGUUGGCGACGUCGUCGUGCGAUAUUGCCGAUUGGUUGGAAGGUUUGGAAAAGAAAGAAUGAAAAUCUAGAGCUCCGAGCUCAAAAAUAGUAGAAAAUAAGCCUUUUUCUCAGUUUUCAGCUCGAAAAAAGGAAUUUUUCAUCAUUCAAAUAGGUUUUUUUGAUCCCAGAGUUUUUCUUCUAAGCUUUUGAACUCGAAAUUCUCGUCCCCCUUUCUAAAAUCCAGAGCCCAAAAAGGUAGGCUCCGAGCUUAAAAACAGUAGAAAAAUGAGCCUUUUUCUCAGUUUUUCGGCUCAAAAAAAGGAAUUUUUCAUCAUUAAAAUAGGUUUUUUUGAUCCCAGAAUUUUUUUCUCCGAAGCUUUUGAACUCGGAAUUUUUCGGCCCCCCUUCUUUUUUUAAAUAUAGAGCCCAAAAAGGUGAACUCCGAGCUCAAAAUCAGUACAAAAUGAGCAUUUUUUUCUCUGUUUUUCGGCUCAAAAAGGAUAUUUUUUUAAUUCAUAUAGAUUUUUUUCAUCCUAAAAAAAUUUUUUUGUUGAAGCUUUUUGAACUCGCAAUUUUUCGCCCCCUCCCUCCCCCUUUCUAAAAAUUUGAGAGCUAUACUAGGAACAUUUUUAGUGGCCACUAUAGAGGCUCCCCCAGGACUACUCGGAGAGGAAACUAAAGUGGCCACUAAACCCACCUCUAUAGUGGCCACUAUUUUCCGUUUUAGUGGCCACUUCAGUAGUUUUUCAUCCAGUAUUCCUUCCAGUAACUCUGAUAAUUUUAAAACAAACAGAUUGGACCAGUUAUGAUGAUCAAUUGACCCCUAAAGUGGCCACUAAAAUUUUUAGUGGUUUGGUAGUAGCACUUAGACCUCUAUAGUGACCACUAAUUUGACUACUAUAGUGGCCACUAAAACGUCAAAACCCUAUAGUGGCCACUAAAAAUUUUCACAGUAAGAAUUACUUUUUUAUAAGUCGUUGGGAGCUCCCAGCAUUAGGUUGAUAAUUUUUCAAACUUAAAAAAAACACUUUUACGAAAGAAGAUAGUCUACGUUUCAGUGAGCCAUUAAAGCUCAAACACUCAUAUAAAGCCAAUUUUAAUUAUUUUGAUUGAUGAAAAAGGAAACUUUUGGCUAAAAAUGGAACUCUUGAAGUUCCUAUAUAUUUUUCGAAGCUUUGAUAUUAUAUAGGAAUUUUUUUUUCAUAGUUUUUUCGAAAGUUUGAUUUUUCAAGGUUUGGCGAGUUUGAGCCUGGAGCGACGUCGACUCCCAGCACUUCCAGUGCUCCUCCAGCUCACACCAACGGAUCUCAGACCUCUGGAAAUGUCAAUAAAUCGAGUGUUCAGCAUAGGUUUCUCAGUAACUUUCCUAAAAAACUAAAAAGUGGAAAUUUUAGACUUUCUUUGAUUCGUCGAGCUCUGCUGACGGUUGAACUUCGAGUUUUGCCCGGAUACCUCUCCAAGGCGGUCGAGGAGCUCAAGGAUGAGAAGGUAUAACGAAAAAAAGCGGGAAAAAAUGCUUUUUAUCCCUGACUCACUUGAGCCUUCAAAAAAUGGGUCUUGACACGACAAAAAAGGAAAUAGUGAAUGGUUGGGGGAGAGCGCAGACAGGCCACGCCCCCUUAGCGUCCAAAGCUAUAGCUGAUUCAAAACUGACUCGAACCAUCAAAAAAAGGGUCCUGACACGAAAAUACACGAGAUAGUGACUGGUUGCGGGAGAGCGCAGACAGGCCACGCCCCCUUAGCGUCCAAAGCUAUAGCUGAUUCACGGCUGACUCGAACAAUUGAAAAAAGGGUCCUGACACGAUAAAAAAGGAAAUAGUGCCUGGCUCGUGGAGAGCGCAGACAGGCCACGCCCCCUUAGCGUUCAAAGCUAGCCGUGAAUAGGCUGUAGGCCUAAAUCUAGGGGGCGCAAAGCCCCGCCCCUUCACGCCACCAAAAUGACGAUUUUUUUGUUGCAGAAACGGUUUUGAGGUGUUUAUACUAGCUAAAGCCCCACUUUAAAAAUGAACUGUUUCUGUUGAUCUAUGUAAUCGACAACGCUCUACAAGACUGAAAAAUUUUUUUAAACUAUUUAUUUUUUUCAAAAAAAUAAGCGAAAAAAAGUAAGAUUUAACACGAAAAAAACUGACAAGUUUCACAAAAUCGUCGCGUUUCUGAAAACCAAGUGAGGAACGCUUUUAAAUUUUGAGUAUGUUAUAUAUUAACACUUUCUUUAUUUUUUUCGAGUAAAAAAAUUUUUAAAAAAAUCUAACGACGCGAAAAAUCGAAGCUUGUAAAGUGACACCAAACUUUGAAGCUGAAAUGCGAAAAAAAAUUUCAGCGACAUGGUAUACUUUUUAUUUGAUUUAAAAAAACUCACAAUGUGUUUAAAAAAAUAAAAAAAUUCAGAAUGAAAAAUAAUUAUUGGGACAGCGAAUCAAAUUAUAUUUGAAUAUUACCAAAACCUCCUUUUUUUCGUUUGCCUCGUUGACGCAUGAGAGAAUAGGAUCGCUUCUAUACUUUUUGAUUAUAUUAUUAAGCGUUCAAAAACUCUAUCAAUCAAAAAAAUUAUGAAAAAAAUCAAACGACGCGAAAAAAAAUAACGGCUUUGAAAAACCUCGAAAAAAAUGGCAAUUUUUUUGAAAUUUUUGGAAGAAUUCGUGCAAGCGUUCGUAACUGUGUUUGCGUCAAACACACCGAUGCGCACUUUUAAAUGUUGCAGGAGCCGUUUUUUUGGAGUCAAAUUGCACAUUUUUCCUGUUUUUAUUUCGAAAUAACAUUAUUUUUUUCAUUUUUUUCUUUUUUUCCAAACCAAAUGAUAAUAAUUUUUUUCUCAUUAGAAAAAAAGAAAAAAAUAAGCUGAAAAAUUCCUUCUGACCUUUUUUUCUAAGUAGUUUUUUUGAUAUUUUUAUCAAAAAAAUUCUUAUGAGGAUUGUACAAAAGAUUCAUACCAAAAACAUGAAGCUCAGUUCUGACAACCUCUCGGAACAGAAAACCGAUUUAAAAACAGUCCAGAAACGCGCAAAAACAUUUAAAAAGAAAGCGUGCGGCAGCGGGUAAACCGUGAGAUUUUGCCUCCAGUUGUACGCCGCGCGCGCUAGUUUUUUGGCCAUAACUUUUUUCUUAGUAAACCUUUUUUCAAAAACUAAACGGAUUAUGAAAAUUGACAUUCUCCUCUAUCGAACAGUGUAAAAAACAUAUUUUUUGGAUCGUUUUGAAGAAAUGGCUUGCGGACCCUACCUAAAUCUAGAAUUUUAAAAUUUUUGAAAAAGAUGAUCCUCAUCUUAACACAAGAUCCUUAAGUAAAAUGCGAAAGGUCACUGAAUUUCUAAUAAAUUUUGAUGGUCAGAAAAUCAAUAAAUCAUCAGAUAAUUUUUGAGGGACAUUUUAUACUUUAUUUAUAAUUAUUUUAAGCACUAUAAAAUGUUUUGCAAUGUAUUAAAGCAACGGGAACACGAAAAAUUGAAUUUCAAUCCUUUUAUUCACCUCAAAGCUCCCUGUGGUCGCUUUCUUCCGAAGAGUAACCGACCUAAAACUACUUGCGCAUAUUGGGCUAAAAAAUACCGAAUCUGACGCGAAAACAGGAAUUUUCAAGUACAAGUGCUAAGAAAAGAUUUUGAAGCUUACCGUAACCCAGUGAGGGGGCGGGGCCUCACAGUAACUAGCCUAAAAGUUUACAAAUUAUGUCUAGUAACUGUGAAAAUAAUUUCAACUCUCAAAACAAAACUUGAAAUUCUUCUACCAAAGGUUCAUCGCUUUUCUCGGAGAACGUGUGUUAAACUGAUCCUGAAGAAGCUUCCAGAGAAAGGAAAAUUGAACAGGAACCCGAAAAAAUACUUCAGAAGCCUCUCUCGGCCCUCUUCACCCUCAUCACGGGCUACUUCGACGCCUCGAACCGACAGGCCGUCGUCCAGCUCCGCUCCCAAUUCGUCCAGACUGUCUUCGUACCCGCUCUGGAAUACCGGUCAAGACAACGACAGCCUGAGGUUUUCUGAAACCCCCUCAUCUGAUCAUCUACAAUUUUACACAGCUCUUCGAAAACAUCGAACAGCUCGAGCGCAACGUCUUCGACGCGAUCAUCGCCAUGGCCGGAAUUCUGAGUGAGGUCGAGUUCCGACCUGUCGCCAACGCUCUGGUCGCCUGGGCCGAGCCUGGCCUCAAUUCUUCGUCACCCUUGGCCACGAGGAUCCGACUUGUACCAUUGCUCAGCUUUGCUAAUUGGUUCGUUUUUCGAAAAGGGUGUUUUGAGUGAAAAUUGAUGGGUUUAGAGGUACCUGGGUUUUUUCAAUUUUUUUCAGAGGUGGAGAAAUGGCGCCCCUAAGCGUUUUCAAACGUUUAAAUUUCUAAACCGACGUAGGCCGCCAUGGCCAUUUCUUGAUAAGUCGCUGCCCAGGGCGCCCAGGGCCAAAGCCGCGAUGGCAAAAAAACGCCAUUGGAAGAAAAAGAACGCGCAAAAAUCGGAAUCUUCUAAAAUCUUGUAAAAUCGUUGUUUUCGAACCUUUAAAACAAGGUUUUUUGAAUUUCCAAUUUGGUGGCGACGGAAAUUUAUUCUCUCACUAGUCAGCGGGUUCGUAACCAUAAAUCUGGAACAUUUCGCCUAAAGAAAAGAACAAAUAUAACCGUACUUCACAUAAAAAAAAAUUCAACUAGACAUCAUAUCCACUGAAAAAUUAAAAAAAUUAUUGAAAAAAUUGCGAAAUCCACGAUUUAAUGAAAAAUGAACAAAAAUGACAGUUUUCGCCCAACUUUUGCAACGUGGUAUUAUACGCCAUCGACACGUAAUGACGCGGCUCAUUUCUUCUUAGAGGCCUGAUGGCUGAGGCGGGCAUGUGCGCUCUGGAGGGCUCCUCAUUUCUUCCACCUCUGAUUUUUUUGAUCUUUUGUUAAAAUUUGUUUAGAACCUAUCUCUCGGGGUAACAAGAGUAGUGACGUCGGGAUAGCUACAGGAAACUCUUUUUCCUUUCAUCAGCGAAAAAAAAGACCAAACUACCGUACCACGACCCAGUGAGGCUACCAAACUUUGAUAAGAACAGAAAAAUCUAGGCGCUGCCAAAAUACGGCCAAAUUAGGGAAAGGUUUUCCGAAAAUUAAUAUUUAAGUGCUCUCAGAAUGCUUUUAAGUCUAAGGCGCUGAUAAAUUAAAGGAUAAAUUUUGAGAUAUUCAAUUUUAGGCGCUGCCAAAUUGAAUAAAAGGCUUGUCGUCAUUAUUGUGGCACACAAAAGUUCUCAUUAAAAUCUUUUAAAAGUUAUCACUUCUAGUUAUCCUAAAGUUAAAGUUUUUAAUCUUUUAUCAAUGAUAUGUUAAAAAAUUUUCAAGGUUGAGAAAGAAGGUUUAAAAAGGCGAUUUUUUUCAAUAAAUUAAUCUUUACUAUAGUCUGCCACGGCUUGAAAUUUAACCGAAUGACAUUCCGCUGCGUGGCCUUGUGGCCGUGUAAGCGUCUUCGCCUUUGCAAAUCUCGGUCGCGCUUUAUUUAAUUUCCCAUUUUCACUAUUUUAAUUAUAUUUCUGUUUGUUUUUUCGUGCCAAACAAAAAAUACUUAUAAUAACAUAAUUAUUAUGAUGAAAAUCUAGAAUAAAAGAAAAAAGUCACCGAGUUUCGCAAAGGCGAGAUGCUUCGCGACAGCGCGCACAAGAACCACAAGAACAAUGGAAUGUCGUUUGGUGAAAUUCUAAGUCGUGGCACAUCGACUAUGCCUUAGUAAACGGAAAAAAGAAAUUGAAAGUUCGACCAAGGCUCGCAAAGGCGCGCAGCGGCACAGCGGAAUGUCGUUCCGUGAAAUUCCAAGUCUUGGUACAUAGAAGUAUCUAUAAGAAAACUGCUCAGCUUUAGUCGUUGUUAAAGAAUUUUUCUUUUUUCAGCUUCUACAAUGCUUACAACUCCCUGGCCUUGCCGUACUUUGGUCGGAUUUUGGAGGUGGCUGUGAAGGUUCUCCGUGGCUGCAAUGCUACGAUCGUUGCCGGUUUUUUUUUAUUUCAACCAAAAGAAUUAUAGCAGAAAAUUAAGAUUCCUCCCAAUUGAUCAUGUCUGGAAAGAGGGGAACAAUUGAAUCGUUGGAAGUGAACUUGUUGCUGACGUUGGCCAUCGAUUUGAUCAGCAACUGCGCCCGGCACAAGGAGUUCUUCUCACCGUGAGUUUGGAAACAUCGCCGUUACCUUGGCAGAAUAAGGAUUCUGAAAAUUCUGAGCUUUUUUUCAGUGACCGAUGCGAACUUGUGGCUGGACCUCUGGUGGAUGAGCUCGUUAACACGAAAGUCGAAGGACACGAGGACCGCUGCACGAAGCAUCUCGUGACCGCUCUGUACAGGUAUUUUCCCCUCAAGACCUCCACAAAAAAUGAACCUAUGCCCCUUUAAGAGUCGGCGACGCAGAUCCCGAUAACUUUGCUGAACUCUUGGGCAAGAUUCUGCUCAAGACGAGAGAUAACCGACCGAAGGUAUACUGUAGGCUCUUGAUUAGUUACAGUAUCUUUUUAGAUCCGCUACCGUACCCUCCUCGUGCUGGAAGCUCUCCUGGAUCGCAUUGGAGACGGCAUCGCGCCUUAUUUGACGCUUCUGGUGCCGUAUUUGAACGAACUGGAUGAAGGUGAAGAGAAUAAAAAUAUUGGAUUGAGAUUUUUUAUCACGUAGAGGGUAUAAAGUUUGAGAAUUUUCGAUAUCGGCUUCAUAUCGAAUUAUUCUUAAAACUAAAAAAAUUUCUCCGAUUUUUUUAGCUUCCUGCUCUGCUUUUUGAGUAAUUUGAACGGUAGCCGUUCUUGUCUUAAAUCUGAAAAAUAUAUUUCAAAUUUCUGUAUGAAGAAGAGCCGCCGAUUAAUUUUUGAACUGAAUAAUGUUUCCAGACGAAAACAAACAAGUGGAAGAUCAGUGCAAACGCGUCGUCGACGUGUUGCAGCACAAGUUCGGCGAGCAGUUCUGGACCCAUUCUUCGUCAAAUGCUUGA